CUACCCAGGUUCCUUCGUGGUCGCCAAGUGCUCCGUGCUCGUUUGCUCCUCCAGUAGUAUCUUGCGCCGAACCGUCCUGCAUUGUCGCCCAAGGCCAUCGUGAUCUAGAAGCUCAAUCUUAGAUCUCCUCCGUUACACUACAUCAUCCACAACACCCGAAUCUUCCCGCGACCCUCUUUCGCGGAUACCUAUCGUCGCCGAUCGCAUCUUAACUUUUUCCAUAUCUUUCCUGCGUACUAUGCGCCUCCGCCGAGCCGCCCGCGUCAUCCUCGUCGGAGCACCAGGCGUGGGGAAGGGCACCCAGUCUAAGCGACUUCUUACCCGCUUUCCCCAGCUAUCGGCUAUCUCGUCUGGAGACUUGCUUCGCCACAAUGUUAAAAAUCGGACGCCUCUCGGUAUCAAGGUCGAGAAGACGAUGAAGACUGGUGGAUUGGUCUCUGAUGACUUGAUAUUACGCUUAAUUUCAAACGAGCUGGGCCGUCGUGGUUGGCUCUAUGGCGGACGACCGAAUUUCAUGACUCUUUCGUCGUCGUCCGAGGCCGCCUCUCUAGAUGGCGUAGAUGCUUUUGGGUCCGCACUCGAGGUCGAUCCUCUUGCAGGGGCAAGCUUAUCUCCGCAGGCAUCCGAAGACCCCGCUGCUUCGUUUUUACUUGAUGGCUUCCCUCGUACCGCCGCACAGGCUCAACGAUUAGACGAUAUUGUACCUAUUAACUGGGUAGUCUCCUUACAGACGCCGUUCGAUGUUAUUUUGGAGCGCAUAUCAUCUCGCUGGGUUCAUGAACCAUCUGGCCGUAUCUACAAUACCACAUUCAAUGCGCCAAAAAUACCAGGCUUCGACGAUAUCACAGGCGAACCACUGGUACAACGAGCCGAUGAUACCGAGGAAGUGUAUAGGACGCGGUUCCAGAAAUUUCAGGAAACGAAUGAACCACUCCUCGAACAUUAUGCUAAAAAGGGUGUCUUAUGGGAAGUCCACGGCAUGAGCAGUGAUGAGAUCAGCCCGAAACUCUAUCAAGAGUUUGAAAGUCGCUUUUUAUGAAUAUACUUGAAUUUUCGAUCUGGGGUCAGGACGGCAAAUAGGACUGGUGAAAUGACUUAAAUUGGCUGUAUAUCAUCAUGUUGGGAUUUUGAACGAGCAAUGUCUUCAAGCUCAACUGGAGUUCAGGGGACUGGACAACGUGAGCGGACGAACGGCGGACGCUCUACCUUUGUGUACGCACUACGGCAGAAACCUUAGGCACCUAGGUUAGGUAGGGGUAUAGGGACGAUUUGAAGGU